AUGACAGGAGACACACCCUGUUCUGCCCCCACAGAUGCUGCUGUGAAAGACCCACAGCCUGGGGAGGGCAUGGAGCUGGAUCCUCAGCAGAACAGGACUCAUGAUGACUCCCAGGGAGAGACAUACACCCAGGUGACCCUCUCAACAUCAAAGCUCAGGCAGGGAAUGGCCUCUUCACCUUCCCCACUAUCAGAGGAAUUACUGGACAUGAAGGACAGACAAGCAGAAGAGGACACACACAUGGACAGUCAGGCUGCUGCCUCUGCUGCCCCCCAGGAUGUGACCUACGCCCAGCUGACCCACUUGGCCAUCAGACAGGAGGCAAGUGCACCCUCUUCCUCCCCAUCAGAGGAGCCCCCAGAUGAGUCCAGUGUGUAUGCUGCUCUGGCUGUCCACUAGCUGAGGAAGGAUUCAGACCCCACACUCCCAGGAGGGGCCCUGCAGCGACCCCAGAAGGCACAGGAGCUGCAUGAAAGGACACUCACUAGUGGCCCACAGCCAGCCUGGGGACCAGACAUGGACCCCAACAGCUUCUGGGACCCUCUGGGAGUCCCCUUAUUUGGCAACCACAGAUAAGUACUAUCUCUAUACUUUGGAAUCCAAGCAACAGACUUACCAAGAAUCAAUGUGUAAAUUUAGAACCAAAAUGGAAGGGACAGAAUGCUAUCAAUGAAUGAUCAUGUAAAUGUUAUACAUUAGUCCUAUGAAAUGGAACAUUAACAACCAUGAAUGAACAUCUUAGAGAAGAAAAAGGUGAAGACAUAGAAACCACCUAAAUGUCCUUCCACACAUGCUGAGAUGAAGGUGUGGCAACCUGUGUGAUGGAGUGUUGCUCAGCCACAGAGAUGAAAUCCUGUAAGUGCAGUGACACGGAGGCAUUGUGAGUAUGUCAUGCUACAUGGGGUAAGUCAGACCCCCCAGCACAAGGACCGUACGACUUCACUUGUAUGUGAGUGAGAUGUGAAACUCUGUACUGUCAUAUGUAUUAACUAUAUGGAACUUGUAAUAAAAAAUUUCCUGCAAUGUGAA